AUGCCCGUCUUCAAGAAAAAGGCAAACAAAUCUCAGGAGCCAGUUCAGCAGCUCCAAGCACAGGACGCGUCGCUAGAAGAUGAUUUGUUCGCUCAGCUCGACGCACGAGACUCGCAGGAACCUGCAAAGUCGGCGAGCACCGUAAACGCGAAUACAUCAACAGUAUCAUCACAAUCAACUAAACUUCAGAAGCCAAAAAAGGACUCGAAAUUGCGUUUCAAGGCCAGACAGCUUAGAAAGGCACUCGAUUUACAAUCUCAUCAAGCUCCAACGGACGCCGUAGCCGAUGCCCGGCUAGAACAGGAAGCAAAGAACGAGGAGCGCGAUAUAAAGGUCAUCUGUGACCAGCUUGGGCUUGACAUGUACGAGAUCCAACCGGACGGACAUUGUCUUUUCGCAGCAGUGGCUGACCAGCUCUCUUUGCAUGGGAUACUCCCUCGUUCUACGGCAUCGUAUGCAGCUACCCGUGCAGCAGCUGCUAACUAUAUGCUCUCACACCAGGACGAUUUUCUGCCAUUUCUGCCCUCGUUGGACGGGGAGGACGGCGCAGGUGCAACAACAGAUGGUAUCAUGUCCCCCCGGCAGUAUAAUCAAUAUUGUAUGAACAUCAGGGACACUGGAGCAUGGGGAGGCGAACCCGAAAUUCUGGCGUUGAGUCGAGCAUAUAAUGUCCCAAUCCAUGUUGUUCAGGCGGGGAAGCCUCCCGUGGUCGUCCACGAACCAACAGAGGGAAUGAGUGAUCGCCCAGGAGCAAAGGUCGCAUUCAUUAGCUAUCAUCGACGAAUGUAUGGGCUGGGAGAGCACUACAACUCUCUACGCCCAAGGACAUGUAAAUAUGCAUGGAGACUUCUCAAAUCCACUGCAUCUCUCUGGCUUCAAGCCGAGCUUCAUGCAGCUGCUCAACGCUUAGUGAGGCAACCUGGUCGAUCAGCGAUGGAAUCGUUGGAGUUACUGGAGAAAUAUCAAUACUCGUGGUCAAGGCUUUCCUUUCAUCGAAGCACGACGGUCAAUUACCCGCGAAACAGCUCAUUCGUAUAUGAAUUAUCUGGUGGAAGACUCGUCUUCGGAGAAGCGUCCUUCUUCGACCUCAGAAAUAAGACAGGGGCUUUACAUGUACAUGAUUUAACCACAGAUGGCGAUCCUCCGUCGCUAAAGGUGAUCGAAUUGGCAAAACCCAUGGCCGACUUUGCGAUGGAUAUCUCUCAGAAUCUUUUGGUCCUUAUGGAAAGACAGCCCACUGGAAUCACUCUCCACCUGCACACCUUUGACACCAAUGUGCACCAUCCUGAGGCAAAACAACCGAGCCUUAGCAUGCAUACGCAGGGCUAUACAACCGUGCAUAUUGUCGGUCCCGUCUUGGCUGCUCUGUUCAUCGACCCUAUUGCGCGUUCCUGUUUUCUGGUUGUUUGGAACUGGAAUACUGGGGAACUUAUUGGGCAAGUCAACGGGUCAAAAUUAGACUCGAUGACAUUACUAGCUCACAACGCGCUCGUCGUGGCAAACCUCGAUCAAGAUACACUGGACGUGUACAAGGUUGAACUCGAACCCGCCAAACUGAAGCUUUUCCAACGGCUCAUACUACCAAGUAUAACGGCCAACGAAGACGGCACACUGUGGACGUAUGAACAGGCACUACUCAGGGCAUAUCCACCGCCUACAUGGCCAGAUUCGUGCAAUGGAUACUAUGAAGCACCAGAGUCCAAUUACCCGUUCAAAGCGGACGAGGACGACGGAAUUAUUGCUUGUUCUUUUCAGUCCGAACGCUCCAAUUUCACCUUGUUCGUCAGACGCAGCGCUCUCUUGGUUCCUUACUUUGGGGACGCGGCCCCGGUUGGAAUAUUCAACAAAGGUCGGCGUGAGUACGUCCAUGUGAUACCAUGGUCACAGUGGGGGCCAGAGAAUACUCGCUGGAUCCCUGUACACUGCUCCAUGAGGUGGAUUUGCUAUGUAUAUGGCUACCGAGUAGCUGUUCUCGAGCCAGAUCCACCUGUGCGAAUCAACGGUAGUCUCGAUCCCGACGAAGACGACCCGAUACUUCUUCAACAACAAGAGCUCAUCCGAAGCCACGUAAACAGGGCCGCAAAUGGCGCAAGUAGUCUCGACAUGUCGUACCUGACGCAAGACGAACUAGCUACCAUAGGGAUCAAUUUUUCCAUACGCCCGAGGGCUCUACGUCUUCUCGAUUUUAAUCCUAGAGCAGUGGCACGCGCUCAAGAUGAUGCCGCUUUUGCCAGAGGUGAUCCAUUGUCGGUGGCCAAAGAGCGAGCGGGUCGCGGUCAACUAUUGGUGGAGACUGAAAGCAAUUUCCAAGAAAGAUUCUCUACUAAUUUGCCCUACUUGGAAACCACUGUGAAACUGCACAAACUUGGGCGUUCCAAUGCACACAAUGUUGAGGGUGUGAUGAUAAACGCGAAUAGUCUGAUAUUGCUCACGCGUCCAGAUCUUCCGAGUAUGAACGAUAUUGAACAAUGUCACUUUUAUCGUGAAAUUUUACAAACAUUCAUCUGUGCUUCUGACGUGCGCAUGGAUGUUGCGCGGGUCGUUAUCGACGCCAUUUCUGAUCUCUUGACAGCAGGACUAGCUCCUAUUCCAGCCUUGGCACGUUAUGGUCUCCCAUAUUCACUGUUUGACCUCGGAGGAGCUUUGAGACUGGCAUUUGUUCUCCGUCAAAUCAGAGACACAGAGCUCGCCAAGGCUCGUGGGCUACAGGAAAAGCUCAAAACAGAUGAAUCUCCUCACGUGAGAGAGAUUGAGGAGCCCUACAUCGUCAAGGACUUGGUCACGGUACUGAUGGUCAUCUAUGGUGGAGAGCUCGUGUGUUCUCCAUGGCUCCAAUUCACACCGUCUUUUCUGACUGCGCCUGCGUACCCAUUAUUGUUCAUGGGCGCACAGGCCGUCAUCAACUUGUUGCCAUCAGUACCUCCGAUGUCGAUCUAUACGGAGCUUCCACUCUCGUUCUUUGACGCGUUAACGAGGGCAUUCCUCCUCACUGCCGGAACCCCUGGCUUCAUCCUCAAGCAUGCCUCUCCGGCGAUUCGGUCCUCACCUUGGGCACUCAUGGUUUCUUCUCUGGUUCUUGCUAAUGCAGGAUUCUUCUUCGUCAAUGUUUUCCAAAUGCUAUCCCCAUAUGGUUGGCAUAUCAAGACGCCUCCAGAGUUUCUCCCGGGAGGAUGGCGGACAAUUGACCUUUGGGUCGCACCCUUAAUGACGGGCGCAUACGCCUUCUUCACACAGGCUCAACCAGUCUGGGUUCCUUAUCACACUUAUACAGUUACACGGAUUGGGACACCAUCCAUGUUUGGAUCCAUCGUCUAUUCAGAGUUAACCGAAGACAUUGAUCUAUCUCCUGAACCCAAGGUGUCAUUCGUGAAACCUAUGGCCGAAGCGGACGCUCGAUCUGUCUGCGUCUUGGUGCUCGCCGCUCUCUUUGCCUAUAGGGCGAUUGCCAACUUUGGAGCGGAAUGGAUCAAAGUCGCAAGUGCGAGAACGAAACGGAAACGCGUCAUUAGAUCAAAACACGACGGCAAGCGACUCUCAAAGGACAACAUCAAGAUUAAUCACAAGUCCGGUUAG